CUCUCUCUUCUUUCCCCCCACCCUCUUCGCUUCUUCCUUCUUCUUCUCCUUCUUCUCCUUCUCCUCUUCCUUUCUAGAUACCCCGUUCUCGUUUUGUGCACUUUGCCUCGUCUGUCCAUCAUGGACGAGCAGCAAUUUGUCCAGCUCCUCGAGAGUCUGCUCCAGCCGGACACGGAGCGCGUCAAGGCUGCCACGUCGGCCCUGAACAAGAACUACUACACUUCUCCCCUCGCUCUUUCGGCCCUCCUCCAAAUCCUCGCCUCCCACCCGAAGCAAGAGCUGCGCCAGCUCGCCGCCGUGGAGGUCAGGAAGCUCGUCCCAAAACACUGGCAAGCUUUGCCCGCCGACCAAAAAAGCACUCUGAGGAACCAGCUCUUCCAAGCUGCUCUCAGCGAGAAUGCCACCCUGGUUCGGCACUCGGCUGCACGCGUCGUGGCCGCGAUUGCGGCCAUUGAUUUCGAAGAUGGCGAGUGGGCCGACCUCCCAGGCUACCUUCUACAAGCUGCCACCAGCGAUACUGCGCGGCACAGAGAGAUUGGGAUGUACAUACUGUUUACAUUGCUCGAGGCUGUAGGAGACGAGUUCCCAGCGAACAACGCCGACCUAUACAAGCUCUUCGCAACUACCAUCCAGGACCCGGAGAGCGCAGAGGUCAGAAUCAACACCAUGCUUGCCCUUAGCCGCCUAGCUAUGAUGUUGGACCCUGAUGAAGACCCAAAGUCUCUCAAGCUGUUCCAGGACAGCAUUCCAGGCAUGGUCAAAGUCCUCAAGGCGACUGUCGACGAGGGCGACGAGGACCAUGCUAUGCAAGCAUUCGAGGUUUUCCAAACCCUCCUCGGAUGCGAGUCUGCCCUCCUGCAAAAACACUUUGGCGACCUUCUCAAGUUCAUGAUUGAAUUGGCAUCGGCCACUUCGGUCGAGGAUGACUACCGAUCUCAAGCCCUAGGAUUCCUUAUGCAGUGUGUGCGUUACCGGAAACUCAAGGUCCAAGGCUUAAGGCUGGGAGAAGACAUGACUCUCAAGGCGCUCCAAAUCGCGACUGAGUUUGGAGAUCUUACCAGCGACGAUGAAGACCUCACUCCCGCGAGGUCAGCGUUGGGGCUACUCGACAUCCUUGCUUCCAGUCUACCACCCAGCCAGGUCGUAGUGCCACUGCUCAAGGCCAUCGGUCCCUUCGUCACGAACCAGAAUCCCGACUACAGGAGGGCCGGUAUUCUUGCCCUCGGCAUGUGUGUUGAAGGUGCCCCAGACUUCAUCGCGACACAGCUCCACGAGAUCCUUCCUAUGGUCUUACAUCUUCUUGAGGACCCCGAAGCCAAAGUGCGAGCCGCGGCUCUGAACGGCGUUGCGAGGUUGGCAGAUGAUCUUGCCGAGGACAUGGGCAAGGAACACGCCCGUCUAAUCCCAGCUUUGAUCAAGAACUUUGACCUUGCUGUCAACGCUAGCCAGGGCGCCGAAGAUGAGCGAAACUUGGAGAUCAUUAGAGGCAGUUGCAACGCCAUCGACUCACUCAUCGAGGGCUUGGACCCAGAAGAUGCUGCCAAAUACGUCCCGGAGCUCGUCCCAAGAUUCAGCAGCGUAUUCCAGCACCCAGAUUUCAAGUCUAAAGUUGCUGCCGUGGGAGCCGUUGGUUCAAUUGCCUCCGCUGCCGAGUCGGCCUUCCUACCCUACUUUGAACAGACCAUGCAUGCACUGGCCCCCUACGUCGAAAUCAAGGAGAGCCAGGACGAUCUUGAUCUCCGUGGUGUUGUGUGCGAUUCCAUGGGUAAGAUGGCAUCUGCUGUUGGCGCUGGGCCAUUCAAGCCAUACGUUCUCCCGCUUAUGAAGGCAUCCGAGGAGGCUCUUCAUCUCGACCACCCGAGACUCAGAGAAACCAGUUACAUUCUAUGGAGCACCAUGGCAAAGGUUUACGAGGAAGAGUUCUCGCCUUACCUUGCCGGUGCUGUCAAGGGUCUCCAGGACUGUCUUCAACAAGAAGAAACUGACCUCGAAGUCCAGCUCGGCGAAGAGGCCAAGGACCUGCUCGGCCAAGAAGUCGUCGUCGCAGGACGAAAGGUCAAGGUCGCCGCUGCCACUGAUGACGAUGACGAUGCAGAAGGUAUGGAGGAUAUGGAAAACGAUGAAGAUUGGGACGAUAUCGGAGCUGUUACUGCCGUGGCUAUGGAAAAGGAGAUUGCCAUUGAAGUCAUCGGUGAUAUCAUCACUCACACGAGACGCGAAUUCCUUCCGUAUCUCGAGAAGAUCGUCACCAGCACACUCGAGCUUGUCGAGCACUCGUACGAAGGCGUCCGCAAAGCUGCCUUGGGGACGCUCUGGCGGACUUACGCCUGCCUUUGGGGCUUGGCUGAGGGUGCUGGAAUGGCCCCAUGGAAACCUGGUGUCCCACUCCAGGUGGAGCCCACAGAGGACCUGAAAAAGCUUGGCAGCCACAUCAUGACUGCGACUCUAGCAGUAUGGCAGGAUGAGCUGGAUCGGGGCACCGUAACUGAUAUUAAUCGCGAUCUUGCCGCUACUCUGAAGCUGUGCGGCCCCGCACUACUCUACACAGAUCAAGGCCUGGUCGUCCCUCAAGUCACACAGCAGAUUCUCGCAAUUCUCACCAAGCGCCAUCCGUGCCAACAAGAUGAAGGAGACGAGGCGGAGGAUGAUGUUCCGGAAGAGUCAUCUGAGUACGACUGGUUGGUGAUUGAGACUGCCACCGAAGUCAUCACCUGCCUAUCUUGCGCGCUUGGUCCUGGGUUUGCAGAGCUGUGGAAGAUUUUCGAGAAGCCGCUGCUCAAGUACGCGAGCAGCCAGGAAUCGACUGAGCGAAGUGCUGCCGUCGGCUGCAUUGCCGAGUGUAUUGGCAAUAUGGAAGCCGCAUGCACGCCAUACACGACUGGCCUGCUUAAGCUGCUGAUUCACCGUCUCACAGACGAGGACUAUGAGACCAAGUCCAACGCCGUAUAUGGCCUAGGCCUUCUUUGCGAGAAGUCCACCAACGAGCAGGAGAUCCUGAAGAACUACCCCACAAUCUUCCAGAAACUAGAGCCACUGCUCGACGACCAGGGUCAACCACGUCUGCUCGACAACACAGCAGGCUGCGUCAGCCGCAUGAUCUCUCGGCAUCCGAACCACAUUCCCGUCUCAGAGGUGCUGCCGCGAUUGGUGGAUCUUCUGCCGUUGAGAGAGGACUUCGAAGAGAACAAGCCGAUCUUCAAAAUGGUGGUGCAGUUGUACCAAGCGAACGACGCGACGAUCACGCAGCUCACGCCAAGACUGAUGCCGGUAUUCCAGAAGGUGCUUGGGCCACCGGAAGAGCAGCUAGAGGAUGAGACGAGGAGUCAGGUUGUUGAGUUGGUAAAGUACCUGCAGAAAUAGAAGAAUAGCGGGAACUGGGGGUGGGGCUGGGGUCAGUCGUUUGGGCUUAGGUUUGCUCGGCUAGGCGAAAAGGAUUUACACAAAAAAACGAUCGGAUGGAUGAGAGACGGAUUGAUACCACUUUUACGGCCCUUGGGUAUGAGACGGAAGAAUGGGUGGGUUGCAGAGUAGAUGCUAGCAGAGUCAUACCGGGCUUGCUCUGAAUGGAACCGAAAUCUAAUGGG